GCGGCCUUUUUAGUGUUGUUUGCAUUACAGACGGCGCGCUUCUUGAGCAUACUCACAUUCUCAAUACUUUUGUGCACACGUGACAUAUAUGUUGUUUACGGUCAAAGGUCAAGUGUGGAGUGAUGGAAAAUUUUGUGUUGUACGAUGAAAUUGAAAAGACUAAUGAGCAAGUGAUUUAUAAAGCCAGGCGAAAAGGGACCAUUAAAUAUUUAGCUGUCGCUUGUACUGAAAAACACAAAAGGCCGGUUAUAUCUAACCAUGUUAGGGUAUCCCAUGAGUUGAAACACAAAAAUGUACUUCAGUUCUAUGAAUGGUAUGAGACAAGCAAUCAUUUAUGGCUUGUGAUGGAGUUGUGUACAGGUGGAAGCCUUGAGCAAGUAAUUAAGGAAGAUCGAUUCCUAAGCGAAAAUGUAGUUAGAAAGUUCGGAGCAGACAUAGUUCGUGGUUUGCAAUAUGUCCAUUCAAGGGGUGUAGUUUUUAACCGCCUGUUACCUUCUCGUUUCUUGCUAGAUGGCAACGGAACUGUCAAGUUAUUUGAUUUCUCUUUGGCACACGCAGAAGAUGAAAUCUUGGAUGAUCUUUUAGUUCAGUUUUGUGAGGAAGAUGAUUAUAAUCAGGGUGAUUUUCUUCGCAGUCUUAGUGUGCAUUCAGGAUACGAUUCACCCGAAACUAUAUCCCAGUAUGAGAACUCAAAAUCAUCAGACUACUGGGGCCUUGGUUGUUUGUUCUAUAACAUGUUUUUCGGACACCCCCCAUUUUCCGGUGAAUCACAAGAAGAGCUGGAUAAAAAUAUUUUAAAUCGUGAACCGAAUUACUCAAAUCCUAAUGUUAGCAUUCCACCAUCUCCAAUUUUCAAGUCCCUUUUAACUUUACUUUUGACCAAAUCUUCUUCUAAAAGAAUAAGUGAAAAUGAUUUAAUCAAACAUCCAUUUUGGCAUCAAAGAAUUUCUGUUGCAGAUUCCAUUAAUCUAGUUGAAGAUAAGAAUGGUUUGAAUCAGGCUUCUGUAGAUAAAAAGCAAAUUGAAUCAGAAUGUUAUUUGAACGGUAAGACAAAUUCAACAACUAUUACAUCUUUUCCAUCAAAGAACAGUGAAGAUACACCAAAAUUAUCUCAUUACAAUGAAAAGUCAAUGAAUACAACAGAAGGAAAUGAAAAGCCAGAAUCGUUUGACUCAGCUAUUUCCAAUUCUGAUGCUUCACUCUCUUCAAUGGCACCAGUAAGUGAUAAUGAACACACUAUUAGUGUGGUUACAAUUCCUACACAUAAUAACACCGAUGGUAAUCACCACCAUCUCGAUCAACAACAUUCUAUUACUACUGAUACUAUUGCUACUACUACUACUACUACUACUACUACUACUACUACUACUACUACUACUACUACUACUACUGAUACUACUACUACUACUGUUACUACUACUAUUACUACUCCUAGUAAUAAUGACAAUAAUAAUAAAUUAGAUUUACUAUGUCAAAAGUUAAAUGAUCAUUUUAUAACUUCAAAUGACCAAUCUGUUGUGAAUAAUUCAAAUAAUUUGGAUAAAUCUAAAAUGAAGAAAAACUCAUUUUCUUCUAACGAUAGAAUGGUUCAAAGUGAAUAUCAUACAUCCACGUCAAAUUUGUCUCAAACGCAAGAAGAAAUCUCCAAAAAUAUUUUCAAUUUAACUAGACAUACUUCAUUUGUGAAUAAUGACGAAAAGAAUUACACAAUUGAUUUAGAUUCAGUGGAAAUGUCAACUUGUAAAUCACUUCAUUUAAGAGCAAAUCUUGCUCUCAUUUAUCCAUGGGGUGAUGAUUCUAUCAGCUUUCCUCGAGAAACAAAAUCAGUCGCUGAACUAUGGAGUUUAUUCACUAACAAUAAUAAUAAUAGUCCUAUUAUUAGUGAUUCAGAUCAAAAGAAAAUCGUUAAUGGACAUGUUUUAAAUUCACAUUUUCAAAAUAUAUGGAGACCUAAACCAUUGAGUGACUAUUUACGUUGGGGUCGUGUUAUGCCACCUACGAAAAUUGAAGGGCUGACACGAUUAUAUAAUCCAAUGUCAUUGAAUACUAUAUCGUUAGAAGAACUUGAACAACAUAUAUGCGAGGUUGUAAAUUUAUUUCGUACACGAAGUUUCGAAACUACUGAAACUUUAUCAAGUCGGUUGUCUACCAUUCGAGCAUCACCUAAUCGUACAGCAAUUAAAAGUUAUCGUACAAAUUUACUAGCUUAUUUAAUUUGGCUAAUGGCCAAAUCAAAUUCAAUUAAUAAUGGUAAACGUCGUUUAUCUGUUAUUAGUAUGGACACUCGUUCUUAUUUAACUGGAAUUCAGCUGGCACCUGAUUUAUUGAUAGAAUUAACGAAACAACUACGAUCUGGUUCAGCUUUACCAAAUGAUGUGCGAACAGGAUUAUGUCGUUUGUGCAGCUUAGUAUCGUAUUAUGUUGCUUUAUUUUUAAUUCAAUUAAAUCAAUGUGAAUCAGAUAAAGAUCCUUUGAAUUUGAUUUCGCACAGUACCGGAUCUUUGUUUUCUAAUUGUCUUACUGUUUUAAUUGAUAUAAUUCGUGAGUCACCUUCACGUUGUGGUUUACGUUUACGACAGGCCGCUGUUAUUGCACUAGGUGAAGUUUUGAGUUGUUCCACUUGUUUAUUAUUAUAUGCUUAUCGGAAAUCCAGUACAAUAUCUAUAGACACUCAAUCUAUUCAGUGGCAAACCGCUGUUCAUCAUUUAAUACGUCUUGUAACAACAACUUCUACCAUAAGUACUAGCAAUUUAGGAUCUAAUUCUGCUAAUAAUGAACCUACUUCAAUUUUGGACGCAUUUGACGGUACAGCUGUACGGAAUUUGGAGCCUGCUCUUGGUAGCCGUAAUUCCUUUGGAAGUGAGGAGAAUCCACAUACAACAGGGGCAGUUACUACAAAAAUUACAGAAUCACAUAUUCGUUUAAGUGCUUCAAAAUCUUUAGAUGCAUUUGUAACUGCAAUACAUGGUUGUCAACUUUAUGAUAUAUCUGUAAUAGGUUCACUCAGUGAAUCUAUAACAUCUUGUUUACAUUCUAUUACAACUGGAGAUAUUAUUAGUCGCUUAUGGUCACAAGGUAUUGUUGAUUCCGGUACUAAUCGAACUGGUGUUAAUCCUAUUCAGCAAGAACUGACCUUAUCAUGUGCAAGUACUUUAGCAGGAAUUAUACGUCUGAAUCCCAAUCUAUUUACUACUGGAUUAAUAGACAGAGUUGGUUCAUCAGCAUUUAUUGGGUUGCUUGAGCCUCCAGCGUCCGGAUUAGCUUGUCAACAAACAGAUUUGGUUGCUCGAUUGUUAUCAACUGCCGCUGCUGGUUUGUUAACACCUUUAUUUAUGAAACGUUCAAGUGUAACACUUCCUAAAGUUAAACGAGCACAGUCUGCAUCAUCUAAACUAUCACGUACAUCUGUAAGUAAUGCUGGAGGUGCUGGAACACCAGCUGCAUGCAAAAGAUUACUAUCUGAACAAAAAUUUAUAAAUACUAUUUUUCGUUAUUUAGAAAGCCCACAUGCUAUGAUACGUGCUAAAGCUUUUCUGAUUAGUUCUGCUAUAAUAGCUAAUUCACCACAAGAUACUCUAUCAGUUGCAUGCCAUUAUCGUUUGCCAACUUUGCUUGAACGUAAUUUAAAAGCAACUAGAACAUUACAUCAUAGGUAUAAUGAUGCAUUCGAUUACAGUUUAACGAAAUCUUCGAAUAUUUCAUCAUCAUCUGGUCAAAAUACUGAAUCACCUUGUACAGUAUAUUUGGCUGCAUGUGUGACUCAUAUGGCUGAUAUUUUAGUCUGUGAUAUUAUUCCAACCAUAUGUUACCAAAUUUUAUCAGCCGUUGGGUUAAUACCAAUACAUAAAAAUUCCAGUUCUACAAACCAAUUUGUCAGACAAACAUCAACUUCAUCAUCGAAUCGAAAAACCAGUUUUACAAAAUCCUCAACUGCAUACACUCGUCAAACAUUAUCAAAUGCAAAUAAUAAUGGCUCUUCUACGUUGAACAGUAACACGUCAUCGAAUCAAAUUAAUACACGUACAUUACUAACAGCUUUUGGUUGUCUUCCUCUGAUUUUAAACGGAUGUGGUCCUAUACGCCUGAAACUAUUCUAUCCACAUGAUUUAAAAUCAUCCGGUCAAUUAAAUAAUAAAGAAUGUCAUAGUACUACUAAUCUUAGUCCCUCAGGUGCUGUCACCUCCUCUUCUUCCUCUUCCUCUGGUGGUAUUCCUACUUCAACAACCGUCUCAGGAUUUUGUGUACUAUCAUUCGCUAGCCGUCUGCUAGAACAUUGGACAUCAGCAGAUCCUGUCAGUGUAGCUGCGGGACUAUUUUCAAUUCAUCAUACGGGAAGUUUCGAGAAUGAAAUUUUAAGCAUCGUUCUAACAAUCAUUGAAGAUAUUAGUCAACAGACGAAUUUAGUGGAAAAACGCAAGCAAGAUCUAAUCUGUCUUAUUCUACCUGGAUUAGCACGUUUAGCUGUUUGUUCGAAUACAAAGCCUGAAGUAAGAUCUAUAUGUGUAAAAAUUAUCACCAAUUUGGCAUCAGUGUUUCUCGGUGAAUCCGACAUGGCCGAUUCAACAGCUAGUCUAGUUGAGCUUGAACGCGCCUAUUCAGUCACAUCAAUCGGACAUGAAGAUCCUCAGUCAUCUAUUCAAUUAAGAAAAUAUGAUAGAACAUCUUCAGCUGUCUAUGACAGACCAGUUAGCGCAGAUGCAGAUGUUCUGUUGGGUGGAAUGUCUAAGACCAAGAAAACAGAUAGAACGCAAAACUUCUCAAAUUUAAAUCAUGUUAUGCCAUCACGGAUGACUACUUCACAGUACACUCUUGGACGUGAUCCAGGAAGUAAAUCACGUGGUCCCAAUGGAAAUAAAAGUACCGGUGUUCUUUCCAAUCAAACUCGAGUGAAAAAUAAUCGAAUCGAUCCUAGCCAGAACCCUGACAAUAUUGGUAGUGCUAUCCAACCACCCUCUCCAGAUGUCCUUCUGGCUUUGUUUGAUUUAGUCAACAAGCUUUUAGUUCCUUAUGGUAAUUCAGUCCUCACAUGUCCUGAGAUCACAGCUCCAACUGCAUUUCUACGCUUGUUAUGUUUAUUGUUAAAAUGUGCUUCUCAAGAUUGUUAUAUUUUAAAGUAUUCACUUUCAAAUAAUACAUUGAUCACACCAAAUUCACCUUAUUUUGAAAAUUCUUCAAAACAUAGAGACAGUUAUGAUUCUACUAGAGAGUUUAUUCAACAACUGAUAUCAGAUGAAACACAUUUGUUUAUUACAAACUUUUCUACUUAUGGUUUAGAUAUUUCUUUAGUACGUUUAUUAGCUUCACAACUUUUAUCAUCAACCUCAUCAUCGUCAAUGGCACUGUCAUCACAUGCUUCGUUAGUGUCACCAUUAUGUACUGGGAAUUUAGGUUAUUCAGAGAACAAAUCAGUACUGCAUUCAUCAUCACCUUCUGUGACAUCAAAUCUAUGCCUUACUUUAUUUGAAUUAAUACCUUUAUUGUUUCAUUGGUCCAAUCUAUGUAAACCAGAUUACUUGAUAAUAAAAUUACGUUUAUUAGAAUUAGUUACAAUUGCUUGUUUAGAAAUUGGACAAAUAUUAGUACCGGAGCCAAAUUCCAAUAGUGAUGAGAAACAAUCAGGAAAUUACUCAAAUAAAACUCAUUACAAUUCUGGAAAACAUUCAGCAGUAAAUCAUCGUAUCCCCAAACGUUAUAAAUCUCCAUUAAAUAAUCCGUCGACAAAAUCAGAAUGUAAUCAUUCAAUUCGUUUGUUGCCUGCAACAGAUAAUGUGUGUAUAUCAAUGCUUGCUGCAUUAGGAGCUAUGAAUGCACUCUUAAAUUAUGUUGCUGACGUUGUUCGUUUAGCUUUGGCUUCACGAGCUGCAAACUCUCCCGAUGCUAAAAAUACUGCCGUUGCUGCUGAAGAAAUUUUGAUUGCUGCUAGACCUCAUCCGAAAUUGGCUGGUUUACUUGCUCGUUUAAUUGGUUUAUGGAGACCACAUCAAUUGCCUACAAUUCAACCUAAUGUAUGCGAAUCUGAUUUACAUAAUUGGACACAUUUAAUAUCAGCAUCUAUUCAAGAGCAAAAUUAUGAAGAUGGAAUUUGUUUCCGUUUAUGUGAAGCUUCUAUCACUGCUCUUACUAAUUAUGCUUCAUUAUAUGGUGGUGAAUAUUCACGUAGUGCAUUGGUACCUUCAUCAACUGAUCCUUUAUCAUUAGGUUUAUUAAGAUUAGCUGAAGAAGAUCAACUACUUCAAAUCAAGUAUCAUGUAUCUAAGGAAACAUUGAAAAAUUCUUACGAUUCAUUUAAUUCUAAACGAAGUACAUAUUGCAGACGACGUAUGCGUCUUUUACUUCGAAUAAUAAGACGUUUAGUAUUUUCAGAUCCUGUUUGUCGUUCUCGAUUUGAUUCUACUAUGAAUUCAAUAAAAUGUAAUGCAAAUUUAUUCACUACACUAAAAUAUCUAUUAGUUAUAACACAACGUUCAGCGGAUGCUUCAACAAGUAAACUUUUGAAGGAAAUAAUUGAUCUUUUAUCACCUAAAGUAAAUCCGAAUCAUAAUAGAAAUGCUAUAAGUAGUGACAGAAGUUAUCAUAGUCGUUCUAAAACUGUGCAACCAGAAUCUUCAUCGAACAGAAUUAUUUCGAAAGCUGUUGCUUAAUUAUAAGAUCUUGUCAUUACGUCUCAACUAAAUUGAUUCAUGUAUGUGAGUGCGCUCGCAUUAAUCUUAACUCCUCCCUGCUGUGUAUCAUUGAAGCUCAGAGAAACUAACGUGUCCUUCCAGUUGUAUAAGAGUUAUUAUUGUUUUAAUGUUCGCUGAUUUUCCUUCACAUUUUAUUUAUUUUUUAUUUUCGUCCUCUACUUGCCUUCAUUUUUUCUCAAGAGGACUUCUUUCUGAAAAACAAACUUAGUAAAACAACUAAAUUUUGUAAAUAUAUACAUAAAUGUGAGUAUUUCUGCGAAAAAACCGUUUUUUGGAGCUGUAAACACUUAAAGGCAUGUGAAGAUACCCAUCAUCCCAAUAUAUUGCUUCUAUAGGAAAUGUGCAACGUUCUGAAGUCAACAUGAUUUUUUAAAUAUUUGUAUAUGUUAUGUUGUAAAAAAUACACACAUCUCCUGAAACAAUUUGUUUCGGUCGUUUCUAACUAUUUUAGAUUUUUCUUAUGCUUUUUUAUAUUUACACUAUGAAAAAGGUAUACAUGUAUUAAUCUGCAGUGCAUAAAUAAAACGCUAAUUGUACGAGCGAAUUUUCGUACUGUUGUCAAUAAAUGUCAUUCUAUUCACUCGCACACUUAUUUCCUGGUAUCUCUCCUAUAAAAAUGUGAUAUAGGUUUUAGAGCGACUUCCAUAAAUGAAGAAAUAUAAGUUUAUCAUUGAAAGUAGGAUAAUUUAGGAACUUCUUGGUCAAUUGUUAUUUUUUCACAUAACGAAAAAGAAUAUUUGCCGUAAAACUGAGAAAUUUUCAGAGUCAAAUUAAGCGUUCCAAACCUGAUCGUAGCUGCUACCUUGAUGUGGUGACCAAGCUUGCCUAUCAUGAUGACACAACCGAGAUAUAUUGGCUGAGACACAUGAUUUUUAGAUCCUACCAUGCAAGGUAGAUCGGUUGGAGAAUGGUAUGACUAAAUGCACCACCUUCAGGCUCGACGGCGAGGUUGUACUGCUGACUAGAAGGAUGUGACAGCAGUAAGGUGUUUCCCUCGGACAUCCAGCAUCUGCGGUGAUACUGUUGUAGCGGUAAAUAAAUCCCCUAAAUAAAUAGCUCUGUAAGUCUUCGACAUUGGAUGCUGACCACAUUAGUUUUAAUGGACUCACCUAGCUGAAGGUGCUCGGUCAUGCAUCCGCACCAGAUCACGAGUGAGAACGCUGUGCUCAACUUCCUCUGCAAUCGCUAGCCAGUCUAGACCAGUCAAUUCUCGAAUUAUUGAUAGCCCGUUAAAUAUAUCUUCGAAACACCUUGCUUCUAACUUUUUAUUUCACUAGGUGGGUGCGAUUCACAGUUAAAGCGUUGUCAAACUCCAAAUACCCGUGGCAUCUUCGAUGCCUUCUCACAACGUACAGGAUUAAAAAAUCGACCUUAAAAUAUCACAACACCUUACCCCACAGAUUCCCGUCUCCAGCGGUAAGGUCCUUCUAAGUGCGGAGCUAACACAUUGAAGACUUCCCAUAAAAAUACCGUGCGCGACCGACUGCAAAACGUUGUCCCUUGACGUCUGUGGUCACGCUUCCAGUUCUCUGAGACCACCACUAACUCAGUCUUCUCCUUAGAAGAAACAUCCUUUCACGGUGUAAGCAGACGCGAAUCGACAACCGCCCCCAUACCUCUGUCAGCACCCGAGACCAUCCUGUUGACGAUUGAAUUCUUUCCUUACCUCUUAGUAAUUCUUCCAUCCCGGCGACUAAGCCUUCUCGUUUAUCUUUAUCACCACGCACCACCAAUGCUAGUGAUUCGAGUUCACUCAAUAUUAUCCCUGGUCUCCUAAAACUACUCUCUAAACUACAUGUUGGAGCUUUCAAUGUUCAAACCUUGUCAAAUAGGACAACGGGUUUUUUAGUUAGAACUCUAGAAUCUCGUGCCACCUAUUUACACUGCGUCUCCGAAACGCACGUGCAGGAUACAAGUAGGGUCAUUCCUUUGACCUCACCUUGUUCAUAUAAACAACCGGCACGAUUUACCACCCGAGUAUAUGUAGCCCCCACUACUACUCCGCGUGGGCUCGCUGGGGUAUGUAUAGCUUUAAGUUCUAUAGUACAACAGGCUCCAUUAAACUGGAUUCCAAUAGACAGUCGCUUGUGCGCUGUCCGACUUAACGGGACAGUAAGAACUGAAAAUGUUAGGGACACACGCCGUUAUCUUUGCCUGCCCUCACACUGAUUACAGCUCGUAUGAAGUUAAAGAUGGUUCUUAUUGGAUGAUAUCCAAUCUCACUCAAAAAGCUAAAUGCUUUGAUAUAGUAAUAGUGACGGGUUAUAUUAAUGCUCAAGUAGUUAGACUAGACCAACAUGAAAGACACUUAUAUGGGUCUUACGGCUCCCAAAUGCCCUGGUAUGGCCGAGAGUGGAGUGGACCCGCCCUCCCUCUCGAAAUGCUCUCACAUGGCCACGCGUAUAUAGCCUCUGCCAGGGAAGUCCUACUCACUGCCUUCUCGUGGCGGGGGUGUUGUUUACAAAAAUGAG